GGAACAACUCCAAAACUAUUCUAACCUUGUGCACACUACGUAAUAUGUUGGUUUUCUAAAAAGCCUACAACUCCCAUGAUGCCUCAGGCCGUAAAGUACGUAGGUGUUUCCGGUGUCCUGUAAAAUUUUACUUCCCUCUGCGCGGCUCGACGCGAACAACCGAGAAAGAAGACGUUGCAAACUAAUAAAUGUCUUCGAAUAGAGUGCUCUAUUCGGCGAGGCUUUGCUAAAUGGACGUUUAAAAGUUUGCAGUAUGUGGUGAGCUUUGGCCAAAGAAGGGAGAACCGUCGGGAACGUUGAUUUCAAGGUUUAGGCCUAGCAAAGAAAGUUUGGUCGAGGGCCUGUAAACAACAUGUCUUCCACAUCGCAGCCCUCCUCGAGACGGCAAUGGUGCUACCUCUGCGACCUCCCUAAGAUGCCCUGGGCCAUGUUGUGGGAGUUUAGCGAAGCCGUUUGUCGGGGAUGCGUCAACUACGACGGCGCGGACAGAAUCGAGCUCCUCAUUGAAACCGCCAGACAACUAAAGAGCACGCAUGGAGUUUUAGAGGGCAGGUCUCCUGGCCCGCAGCAGGGCAAGCCUAGCUCCGCCGGAUCCAUGGAAGCCGGGCGGCCGCACGGAGAGCGUCUGGACAGGGAAAGAGGAAGGGGUGAGUACGGCGUCUCCUCGCGGCUCCCGAACGGUCUGCACAGAGCUGAAGAUGUGGCGUUAUCUGAAAGCAGUCGACAGAGUCCGAACACUCGCAGGGCGAUGGCGGGGGCUGUUCCGAGUCUCCACGGAACGAUAUCGCACGCUCUGAUAGCUCAGAGUUUAGUCGCCUCUCCGCAUGGGCUCCUAGCGCCGAUUUCGGGCUCCAGACCGGGGGCCGCUCCCAUUGCCGUCUCAGCCGGGCCCAUCAUGAGCGACGCCGCCAGAAGACAGGCUGUGGCUUUGGGCGUGGGAGCUAGCACGUCUGCGCUGGUGGGCAUCGACCCGGCGGCGUGGAGGAACAGCGAAGUCAUGGCCGAACUCAAUGAGGUGGCACGGAGCAAGGUGGAAGGCUGGCCCAACAGACCCAAAGUUGUCAGGGAUGUUCUGCUGGCUCUAAGUUCCUGCGUUCCCUUUACCGUGCGCUUCAGGAAAGACCAUAAUCUCAUAGGACGGGUGCUGGCUUUCGAUGCCACGGCGCCGCCGGAGUUGGAGCUCAAGGUCUUCGCCGAGUAUCCCAUCGGCUCCGGGAUGUUCUUUUCGGGAGUUCCGGACGUGGUCAGGCAGAUGUUCCGUGACUCUGCCAAGGACGCCGGCAAAGCGGUGAACUCGGGGUUACGCUACGUGGAAUACGAGAAGCGGCCAGGGACCGGAGACUGGCGGGGGCUGUCAGAGCUUUUAAAUGACGGCGUACGUAUGUUUAAGGAGCCACCCAUUCCCGAGGUUCUUCCGCAGCCGGACGCCGGCUUGCCCGCCGCAGCGGCCGCGCGGUCCGUCCCGGCUAAGGGCGCCACCCGGCGCCGAAAAGCCUCCCCGGGGUCUGAGAACGGCGAAAGCGAAGGUAGACCCGAUCACCUGUCCAAAGAGGUGUGGUCCAGAGGCGCUUACCCCGGGAUGGAGCCUCUUCCGGGAAUGGCCGCCCCUCAGGACGGCCCCCCUCGUUUACAUAGCCAGCCCUCGCCCAUGUCUGCGCUCAUGGGGGUGGCGGACAGCCUGAGUUCUGGGCAGGUGGCCAGAGAGAGCCCUGGUAUGUCCUCUGCCCACUCCUCUGCCGUCGGACGCACCGCUACCAGCAGUCCCUCUGCUGCCGCCGCCUCCACCUCCGUCUCCCAGGCGUCCGGCGCGGGCACCGGGGAGUCCGCCAGCGGCGGGGGUCAGGGCGCCCUGCUCUGCUGCACCCUCUGCCGAGAGCGCCUGGAGGACACCCACUUUGUCCAGUGUCCCUCCGUCCCGCACCACAAGUUCUGCUUCCCCUGCACCAGAGGCUUCAUUCGUAGCCAGGGCCAAGGAGGCGAGGUGUACUGCCCGAGCGGAGAGCGCUGUCCCCUGGCUGGAUCCACCGUGCCCUGGGCCUUCAUGCAGGGCGAGAUCUCCACCAUUUUGGCCGGGGACGGAGACGUGACAGUAAAGAAGGAGAGUGACCCUUGACAUCGCCAUCCUGUCAGCAGUGUGGAUGACCGCGCAGAUGAUUCCAAAGCACUUCCCGACCACGUCAAGCAGAGUCUGCAGUUCCUCAUGUGCCUCCCAGGACCCAAGAGGAUGAGAAAAGGACGAGACUCCUGCUUUUCAUCAGGCCAUUUUCAAAAUCUCCAAUUGAAAGCACACCCCUUUUUACAAAUAAAACUUUUUUUUUUCCCUCCCCACUUCUUUCAUUUGUUGGCUCACAUCGCUAACUGAUUGUUUAAGCUCGACAAACGAAACGAAUGUCAAAAAAUGUUUUCGAAAGAACUAUUCCUUUUUUAAAGCCAAGGAUUGAAUUAACGUAAUCUGUACGUCUCAUGUAGGUUUUUCAGUGUUUGUCAAAUAUGUGAAUUUCCUUUCAAAAUGGCUGUAAAUUCUAUUUUUGAUACAAUUUACAAUUUCAUUCACGGUUUUGUUUUAUAGUAAGAAGACCAAAGAUGGCGUCAUACUCAAAAAGUCACUUUUAUUUUGUUGGUGUAUGUUGUAUUCACUGAUAACCAUGCCACAACUCUCGUUUCUUUAACCGGCAUGAGAUUGAUUUACUUUGUGAAGUAUAAUUAGCACCAAAAUGUUCAAUGGUUAAAAACUUUGUGAUCUCAAUGGGUCAAGUCUACAGUAAAUUACAAAGUAGUUGAAUUGCUGGCUGCCUGUUGUUUACUGUGUUUAUUUCCGUUUUAGAAGUAUUCUCAGAUGGAAUUUUUUUUAAAAAAAAACAAAACAAAUUUAUUCAAUAAAUACCAAACAAACCCCACAUCAUUGUAUACUCAUUUGAAGUAUUUCAUGUUUAAAUGUUUCAUUUUUGGGGGGCAAAUUUCAUUUAUUCAGCUUCUCAACCGCUUAUUCUCACGAAGGUUUGCAGGGGUGCUGGAGCCUACCCAAGCUAACAAAGGGCAGGGGGCAGGGUACACCCUGAGCUGGUUGACAGCCAGUUGCUUUUUUGCAAAUUUGUCCCAUUUUUACAGAGAACUAGUGUCAAAUUCGUUUUAUAUUUUUAUAAUGUUAAAAGCUAAAUGACAUUAAAAUUAAGAGAAACACUAUGGUUACAGCCCCAGGUAACACUAUAAAGGCAAUUUCAACUGCAGCUAUUGAGUAAUUAGAUAAUUAUCGAUUAGUACGAGCAAUCGAGUAAUCUGAUUACAAAUAGUUUGUGUUGCAGAUUAAAUUUUAGGAUAUGUAUAAUAUAUGCUUCCAAUAAUAUUUGGCUUGCUAAGAUUUUACAUUCAAAAGUGAAGAUUUUCUUCAAACUAUGCAGAAUUGCCCUUUCACAAAGAGCAAUAAAUGAAUUUAAAAGUAAAAAUACUGGAGCUUGAACUCAAGCAAUACAAAAAAUGAAGAUAUCAGUACAACAAAAGAACAACUGGCUAACUUGCAUAGCAAAGGUCCGCUAGCUUAAAUGCUAUAAAAUGCUAACUUUUUUUUUUUUUUUUUUUAAACAAUGCUCCUAACAAAUCGUUCAAAUACAUAUUCCCCCCAUAAAUUUGCUAAAUAUACUUCUAAACACCGAAUGCAUUAACAAAUUAGCUCAAACAAAAACUUGUGUUGGUCUUAACAAGGAGCAGCUGGAAUCCCCACCAUGUUAGACGAAAAAUGGCAUAUUCACUUGCCACUACAGGGCAGUGUAUCCACUCAAAUUAAUCAAACUAAAUGCAAACACUUUCAAAACAAACCAUUACAACUCCACUUAAUUAACCAAAUCCUUGAGGCAGCAAAAUUUGAUUUGACACUUUAUUACAAUCGAAUUACCGGAGUUAAUCGAUUAAUCGUUUCAGCACUACUAUGAAGUACUUAUUUUUCCAUUGCAUUUAAAUCCUGGCAUGCCAUUUACAGUGCUAGACGUCGAAUUCAUUUAAACUGGGAGGAGUGGUCGUUCAUGCACAUCUAUCAGUGCACCAUUGACGGCCCUAGACGUCCAAUUCAUUUUGAGUGGGAGUGGGCGAAUGAACAGGUGCUCAAAAGGGGUUGGACAUCUAGGGCUGUCAAUGGCAACCAAUGACUGCCUUAUAAAGGUUAAAAAAAAUGUGUAUGGAGGGGUUAAAAUAUUUUUUGUAGUCCAAAAUGAAAGAUUGAGGACUCAGAGAAUAUUCACUUUUUCAAUAAAAGAUUUAUGAAUUUAAACAAUUAUAUAUGUAUUUACUGUAGUUCCUUUUUGUCUUUCAAUUAAAACAUGCAAAAUACAUUUUUCUACAUUUUUUCAAUGUAAAAAAAAUCACCGUAUAAAGUGCUUAAAGAAUACAGUGAUCCCUCAGUACUUCGAGGCUCAACAUUUAAGCCCCCAGUGCAUCGUUGAUUUUUAAAGAAUAUUCAUCAAAAAUUUAAAAUGACCAGCACCCCCCAGACAUACCUCCUGACUAGGGAAUCUGGCACGCUAAUUGGCCGAGACGUUCCCCCAGCUUCUCUCUUCCCUAAGGCGGCGUUCAGACUGCAGGCAUAUUUGAUCCUGAAAUCAGAUUUUUUUUAGGUUGACUAAAUAUGAUUUUUUAGCAUGAUUUUAGCUUGUUCAGACUGGCCCACAUUAUUGAAACACCUUAGAGUUAGCUGUGUCAAUACCCAUCCAAGUUAUUCAGACUAGAAGUAUCUUGUCCAUAUCUGAUAUGAAAGAUGUGAUAUGAAAAGUUUGUGGUCUCACAAAAAUAUGAUUUGAUUAGUUUCGAGCCACAAUAACGAAAUCCAACAAGAGCAGGGAAAAAAACAACAUUAACAGUAAUGUUGAUUAUAACAAAAAUAAUGACAAAUUUAUACAUAUGUUGCUCAAAAAGGAGUUGGAAGAAGCCGAGCUUUUUUGGGUCCCACACCUAAAUCACUCUUAAAAAAUGAUGAUAAUAAUAUUGGUUGCCUUGAUCAUAACAACACCAAUGUGUAUAUGUAUAUACUGUAUAUUAGGGCUGUCAAAUGAUUAAAAAUUUUAAUCGAGUUAAUUACAGCUUAAAAAUUAAUUGUAAUUAAUCGCAAUUCAAACCAUCUAUAAAAUAUGCCAUAUUUUUCUGUAAAUCAUUGUUGGAAUGGAAAGAUAAGACACAAGAUGAAUAUAUACAUUUAACAUACGGUACAUAAGUACUGUCUUUGUUUAUCAUAACAAAUCAACAAGAUGGCAUUAACAUUGUUAACAUUGUUAAAGCGUUCCAAGGAUAGAAAGACUUGUAGUUCUUAAAAGACAAAUGUUAGUACAAGUUAAAGAAAUUUUAUAUUAAAACCCCUCUUAAUGUUUUCGUUUUAAUAAAAUUUUGUUAAAUUUUCAAUCGAAAAAUAAACUAGUAGCCCGUCAUUGUUGAUGUCAAUGAUUACACAAUGCUCUUGGGUGCUUAAGCCCAUAAAAUCAGUCGCACCCAAACGCCAGCAGAGGGUGACAAAACUCCCCAAAAACACAAGUAACAAGUAACAUUGCACUGUGCUGUGCUGUCAUUUUAAUCUGUUUGAGCGGGGCAUGUGCGUUGCGUCAAAUAUUUUAACGUGAUUAAUUUAAAAAAUUAACGCACGUUAAUUAAUAUAUUAAAAAAAUAUAUAUAUAUAUAUACAGGCAUGAAAAUGGGUCAGGGGUUAAAAAGGUGAGAAGGGUGUGGAGGAAAUAUGUUCCGUUACACUGUACAACCCAACAAAAUAUUGAGCUCUGUCGACCCACACCGUUUCAGCAGGGCCGUGCACAGACCGGUGGACGGGCGGGUGCUCGUAGAUCAAAAGGGGGACAUGAACAAGUAUUUGAUACACCUUAAAACAACAUAACUUCAAUUUUAACCAGCUUUAGAUAAUAAUUGGCUGCGACUGUGACAUACUUUAAUUGGGAGAGGGCAACAGUGAAUAGAAAUCAACACUGUCAUCAACACUUUCUGGCUGUGACUCAGUCAGUCUGCCUCUUCAACCUCUGCAUCAAAACUUCCUUCAACUUGUUCAUCUGAGAACAAACCACCACAGAUGGUCCCUGAGCCACCAACAGCACAGUUUUCUCAUAACUAUUUUUUCAUUAAUAUCUAUACUUAACAACUCUAGCACCUAAUGAUUAAUAAAGCAAUGACAUUGUAAUUGUGUUUAUAAUUUGUAUUUUAUACCCGACUAUCCUUGCAAACUUAUUCUUAACAAGUCUGCUAUUCACCCCGCUGAUCAGGUAUCCACUGCUUUUAGCAGCCUCAUCCAACUCCUUUUUUUUAUCCCUCAAUCUUCUUUCCUUACGAGCCAUGUCUAUAUAAUGAAAUAGAAAUAUUACAAAAAAAAACAAACAAAAAAAAAAAAUCAGACUCCCCGGUGGCUUUUAAAGCUUUCUUAAUUUCUUUCUCUCAAUAACGAUGGAGGUAGAUUUGAGUCUUUAUUAUUCAAUCAAAAAACAAAGUUGCUUCAAUCAAAAUAUAUAUUUUUAAUCCCAAAAAAGUCACUUCAAUUAAAA